AUGGCUGAAGGAUAUGACUCUGACUUGGAGCGUUUUCUGCAAGAAACUAUUUCAUCCGAUGUGGAUUCACUAGCGGCUUCGUUACCAAGCAGUCCCGAAGUCUCAAUAGACAGGCGACACGGACAACAGAGUGGAAAGACUGUUGGUCGACAUUGGUGGGACGAUGACGAGGAGAUCGGAGAGAGGCGCAGCUUUCUGAAGCCUGUACGAGAAAAAGAGCUAGAAGAAACAGCUGGAUUGAAGACGUCUGCAACCUUUCAGUCGACAACAGCAAAAUCAGACUUUAGUGCUGACAGUCUAGAUGCAGUUCAGCCUGUUGAUGACCCGUCCAUUGCUCAUCAGUCUGAUGAUUUCAAUGACACAUUUAGUGCAUCAUCGCAUGCCCAGUCUCCACUCAUUCAAUCCAAACCAAGUCAGUUCUCUCAGUCUGGAGUUUCACUACAACACGGGUUAGACACGAUGGAAGAAGCGGCUGAUAAGGAACGUUUCUUUGCUCAGUUGGAGGAGGGACGCUCAUCACCCGUAGACUAUGGAGAGCUAAAUAGAAAUGAGGAUCUUAAUGUAACAACAGGGACGUUGAAGGAGCUGGAAGAGCAGUUGAGGAAGAAAGAUGCUGAUGAAGCUUCUAGUAACUCUCUUAAACGCAGUGGCAAAUCGUCAUCGUCUUCAUCAAGCAGCAGUAGCAGCUCAUCUAGUAGUCAUUGUAGUUCUUCUUCUCGUAAAGUUAGCAGCAAAGAUGGCAGUGAAAUCAGCGACAAAUCAUGCAAUGGUCAGACAUCAGACAAUGAGAAGGUAACAGAAGGUGAUGGUAAGCAACAUGAGGAUAGUGGAGAGAGAAGCUCAGAGACACCUGAUGUUGCCCAGUCUCUGUGGAAGACUACAGGCAAGUUAGCACAGCUUGACUCAGUGAUCGGUCGAGACAAAUUCACUAAAGUUGUGUUGGAUGCCAUGCAGCAUGCGUCACCAAACACAGACAACUUAGUCGGCAUGCAACCAGAGAAACGUGGUUUCGAAUUGUCACCAGUACGAGCCAGUGAUAGUCCACCAUUAUCUCAACAAGUACCAGAAGUUAUUGAUUCAGUAGAGAUUAGACAAGUGAGGUCAGACGAUGAUGAUGACAGCAGUGAAGACGACGAACAUCUCAGUAGGAAAGAAGAUGAAGAACUGAGUGGGAACGACUCACAACAGAUUGCAAUGGAGGAACUUCAAGCUGCACUGAAAGCAGCCGGGUUGCCUCUUAUAGGAGGGGAAUGCGAUGAUCGUGAUGAUCGUAUUGACGUGUCUCUAUCAGGUCUUAUCAUUGAAGGUGCCGGUGGAGGCACGGUUGAAAAGAUUAGUGAGUCAGGCAGCUUACUAACGUUAGCUCAAAUGCACAAUGUGUCUGCAGAUGUGAUAGCAUUAGGGGCAGCUCACAGCCAGAAAAGAGAUUAUCAAAUUCAAAUCAAACGAGACGACUCCCGGGAAAGCAACGAGUCGUUGACAUCUCAAGUUUCUAUUGACCGGCAAGCCAACAGUGAAGAAACAUCACGAAUUGGCUCACCUGACAAAUCACAAAUUGAAGAAAGGAAGUUUGAUUUCUCGCCUCUUGACACGAUACGUGACGAUCCUCGAGGGUUUGACCUUUCACCUGCGACUCCAUUCUCACCACAACUUUCACCUACUGUUGCUCAGAAAGCGUUAGCUGAUGCUGAGGUCGAAGCCAUUGUGGCCGAUGUAAAGAAAGUUGAGACAGAACUUCAACGUGUCGUGAAUUCAACGAAGAAAAAGAUUCAAAAGAAGAAACCACUCGCCGCAAAGUUCAGCAAUUUAAGUCCACGAGUCAGUCAAAUGCCCAUGAAAUCGAGAGUUGUGAAGAAGAAGGAGGAGCCGGGGUAUUUAAAAUCAACUGCCAGUACUGACUUACGUUAUGGUUGGGGAGCAGGAGGAUCCGGCAAAGUGUCAGCUGGUGAUACUAAAAUGGCGUCAUCCUCUCAUACGUUGAGACAGACUCAUACACUUGAAGGAAUUCAAUUAGGGAAAGCAGUAGGGAGUGAUGUGGGUGUGAGAGAGCGUUUGAUGGAUGUUGAGACGUCAGUGGGGAAUGUGGAUGCUGUACAGCUUGCAGCGUCUGUUGACUCAUUUGCAUCAUAUCUUCAUCAGUUUGUGGAGCAGGCACCGGGCACUGCAAGUUCGGUUGCUAUGAGAACGUGGACAUCUACAACAGAUGAGAGAAACGCACACGAAUCAUCAGCGGGAAAACCAUUUACCGCUGUUGGAGGGAAAGACGUCAAACUUGAUGAAGUCAAUCAGUGCAAACGAUGUGAUCGACUGCAAUCAGAAGCUGAUGAAAGAGAGAAGCAUUGGAGAGAACGAGCAGCCGAAAUGAAGCAACAACACGACGAAGAGAGACGAAGACUCCAGCAAGAAGUAUUUAUUCUACAAGCCAAGUUGAGAGCCACAGAGCAGGAACAUCAAGACAAACGGUUAGUGGAGGGCGAUCAUCAGUUAGAGUUGGAGAGACUGGAGAGAGAGUUAAAGGAGCAGGAAGGCUUGAUACAAGGAUACCAGCUGGAAAAUGAACGUCUUUACAAGGAAGUGAAAGAUCAGCAAACGAAGAUGAAAGCGGUCGAGAGUCAUCUGUUUACUGAGAAUCAACGUCAAGCAGCUGAACUUGUCUCUGUUAGGUCCAAGCUGGAACGACGUGAACAGGAGCUUCUCGCUGUUGGGGCCAUUACUGGUCGGCAGCCACCUGAAGGCAGUGCUGCUUUAGGAGCAGCUCGAAUACAUGAACUGGAACAUCAGCUUCACGAUGCCAAACAGACAGAAGAGCAAUUGAGAGGUGAAGUUAGUGAAGGGAAAGAGGUAAAUCGCAUGCUUGAAGAGAGUUUGUCUGCUCUAAAACUAGAAAUGGCAGCAACCAGUGAUCAACUCAAUCAAAAACUCUCUCAACAGAAAACAAUUUCAGAUGCAUCCUUGCAGGCAGUAGAACAGAGAAUUGAGAGUAUGCACGUGUCCCAUGAAAAGGAAGUUGCAGCGAUGAAACGGCAGUUGAGAUGGUAUGUAGAGAAUCAGGAGCUGUUGGACAAAGAUGCUGAAAAGAUCAGGAGAUACGAGGUGGAUUUGGAGAGAAUGCGUGCAGCGUUGCAGAGUGCAAAGUGUGAAGGAAAGGAAGCGAGUGAUAGGACGAGACGGAAAGAUAAAGAGAGACAGGCUGAUGCGAGGAGGAUACAGGAUUUAGAGAGACAGGUUCGUGAGAUGGACCAAGUCAUUCGUCGUCGUCAUCCCAACUCCCUUCCUGCUCUUAUUUACGCCGCCAACGUAUCCUCUGAGACAGCAAGCACAAAAUCCGAACAACAAACACUCUCCAACUCGUCACCCAAACACUCAACAAUCUUUCUCGAACAGAAAGUUCGCACCCUAGAAAGUCAACUCUCAGCAAACGAUGAAGAAUGGGAGCGAAGGUUGAGAUCAAUACAACAAAAGCACAACAACUUACACAUGGAAUACGAGGGACAAAUCGCUAACCUCACUCAGCGACUACACAAUUUCCAGUCUGCGUCUCGUACUCCUGGCAACACUCAUCCUCACACGACAGUUCAAGCAUUAGAAAAAGAGUUAAGGAACGUCCAGUUGACUAACCAGGCUCGCGUCGAGCAGCUACAGAGUGAGAACAACGCAUUGAAGGUGCAACUAAAGCAAGGGAAAACGAACGAUGACCAAACGGUUGUGAGAAGGAAGGCGCGACGAAGGCUUGUUGUUGAUCCAAAAGUGAAAGGAAACGAUGUUGUGGAUGUGACUGCAGAAGACGUCGGUGUGUUGACUGAUGCAUUGAGGGACACUCGUGAGGAGGUGGGGGCAUUGAAAGAGGCGAAUGCAAAGCUGGAAAUGGAUAGGAAUCAGUUGCUUGUUGAGGUGGGGAGGCGAGAGGGAGCGAGGAGGGAUGGAUCGUGUGAGCACGAGGAGAGAGGUUAUGAUGCUAGAGUUUUCGGUGAUGAGUCUCGUAGGUUGGUUGAGGAGAGUCGACGGUUGAAACAGCAGGUCUCUCAUCUGCAACUUGAUUUGGAGCAUCAGCGAGUUCAACUAAAUGCACAAGCGGCUGAAGCUGCAGCUCGACUAAGAGAAGCAACAGAAGCAGCAGACGAAAAGAUUAAAGCUGAAAAAUCCAGAUUUCAAAAGCAACUGGAAGCAGAAAAAGCUAAAUCACUUGUUGCAGCAUCAGACUCAGAGCUUGAGAGGUUGAAAGCCAAAGUCUCAGCCCAAGAGAUGGUGAUUCGUCAUUUUCAGAAGCAGUUUGCGUCGUCUCCUGACAGCACGAGCAUGUUAGCUGCUGCUCGUGUUCGAGAGGAGAAACUGAAGCAGCAAGUUGAACGACUUCACAGAGAGCUGACUGAUGCACAAGAUCACCACACACCUGAAAGGAGGCAUUAUGAAGUCUUAGCAUCAAAGAUUACAAGUAUGGAACAGAAGCAUUCACAACGUGAAGAAGAACUACGUAAAAUCAUCUUCAGAAAUCAGCAAACUGCAGGAGUGGAAACAGACCAAGCAAAUGUUUACUUGAGGCAAGAGCUUGAGCUGAAAAACCAACAGGUCGAGAGAUUUCGCGAAGAACUUGAUAUUAUAUUGAAUGUUUUGCAGCAACUCAAACAACAGGGUAUUGUCAUACCAUUAUGAACUUACAUACAAGACCACAGACAUCUGUAUAUUGAACAUAAGGCAAAUAAUACUUACUACCAAAUCUUCUCUCAUACGAUCACUAGUACUGUACAACAGUAAUGUACACA